AUGGAAAGGGACGAGGACAGUCCUUCUGGCGGAAGCUGCGGUCCUGACGUUGUCUGGGAAAAAUACCUGUUUAAAUCCAAACUGUCGGAAUCCCUUGUUCAGCUGGCAUGUAGUCACCAUCACUGUGCCUUCCCUUUGAACCAAAAUGAGUUAUGCAUCUGGAAUAUGGCGACUGCUCAGCCAUUGCAUUUAUCAGGACAUCAUUACUCAAUUUCUGCAGUGUCAUUUGGAAGUAAAACCAAUCCACUUCUUGUCUGCUCUGCUUCUCGUGAAUGUGUAAUAGUGUGGAAUCUUGAUGAAUGCACACAGAAGGUGCAAGAAGGGUUAACUCCUCGAGGAAAUGUUAUAGGAACUCUUUUGGGACUGGUGCUUCACGUAAAAUUUAGUCCAGAUGAUCAGCAAGUGGCAGUAUGUGCUGGAAAACACAUCUACAUGCUAAGUGCACAGAAUGAAGCUAUACUGGCUGAAUUGGAUGGCCACUUGGCUCCAGUGACUGCAGCCGACUUUUGCACAUGGGAGAAAAGUAUGCUUAUAUCCGUGUCAGAGGACAGAACCUUUAAGGUGUGGGACUAUUCUGCUGGCCAGUUAAUACAUCAGUCAGGAGUAUUAACAUCAUUUCCUUUGCUAAGUUUGCUAAUUGAUGAAGAAAAUAAGCACCUUAUCACUGGAUGCGCUGAUGGACAGCUUUGGAUCUUCAGUUUAAUCAGUGAUCAUAAUUACCGUUGCAUAGCAAAAAUCAACUUAAAGAAAGAGCAAGAUAAAUUCUGUAACAAAUUGUGGAAAACUGGAAAAGAAACAGAUGAACAGCAAAAUACUUUCAAGCUGUGCAAAGCAAACAGGAUGAGACCACAAGGAUCAGUGGAAACAUCAUUGCCUGUCCUUUUAAUUGAACACUGUGACUUUUUUGGACUUUCCCAUAGUGAAGAAAACACGUGUUCUGCCCUUAAUACUAGCUAUUAUUGGAUUGGAAGCUCUUCUGGCUUGUUUGUAAUUAAUCUGGCAAACUUUGAAUUAGAAACUUUUUUAUCUUACAAAGAUUACAGUGACCUCAGCAUUCAGUUUGCUGGAUCGUGUGCAUUAACGAGGAAGGCAGUUAAUGGAAAGGUUUUAUGCUUGAUCACUUCAAUGUUUGAAGAUAUGACUGCUGUGUUGGAAGUUAACCUUGCUGCGUUGGUGAGAACUAAGCAGAGCAAUUUUCUCCAGUGUGGAAACAAGAACAGUCUAUCAGUUAUUGCCAGGUAUUCUUUAUUGACAAAUUCUCCAUUGUGUAAAGGUUUAAAAAAAAACAUGAGAAAACCUUCUAGUAGAACACUUGGAGUGAAAAGCACAGUGAAAGAUCAGCCAUUGGUUUUCCAUAAUAAAAUUAAGGCAUCAGGUUAUACAUCAGCACCUCGAAUGACCAUGUUUUAUCCAAAUACUAACCUGAAGAAAAACAAGGUAUCAAAAUGGAACACCGGUCAUAAAUGUAAAGAUAAAGAAUAUCCAUUGGAAAGUUAUCCUCCAAUCAAAUAUGAGAAAGAGAUAUCUAUUACAUGUAAACCAACUCCAAUUUGUUGCAUUCAGUAUUCUGGAGAUGGAGAGAUGAUGGCUUGUGGCCUGGCUGACAAAACUUUACUGGUACUCAAUUCCAAUCUCAUUGAUACAAACAAUGUUUUUGCAGGUCAUGAUGGUGCAAUUAACUCUGUUGGCUGGAGUCAUGACAAGAAAUGGUUAAUUUCAGCAGCAGAAGACAGAACAUUAAGGAUCUGGUCAGUCUGCAAUAAUGAACCUGCUCUAGUUCUGGACAAAGAAAAGUUCCAUAAGGCUGUACGCUUUGCACAGUUUUAUUUCAUAGAUACAUUUAUAUUGCUGUGCUGUGGAGCUGAAUUUCAUCUGUUAAGUUUCUAUCUAGACACCACCAAGGAUGACCUAAAACGAUACAGACAAAGAAGUGUUUACAAAUUGGUACAGAAAUUUUCUAUGGCUUCAACAAUGGAGAUUACCAGCCUUUCAGCAGUAAAUGAUUUUUACUCUUAUAUUGUACUUGCAGCUGGCAGCAACCGAGCACUGGAAGUUUUUGACCUCAAUGCAGGCUGUAGUGCAGCAGUGAUACCUGAAGCUCAUACUAGAUCAAUCCAUCAGAUUUGCCAAAAUAAGGGAUCAUCCUUCUGUACACAGCAACAUGAAGCUUACAAUCUUUUCAUGACCACAGCUGCAGGUGAUGGCAUCAAGCUGUGGGAUUUAAGAACACUGAGGUGUGAACGUCGUUUUGAAGGGCACAGUAACCGCUGCUAUCCCUGUGGAAUUGCAGUAUCUCCCAGUGGACAAUUUAUAGCCAGUGGAUCAGAUGACAAAUGUGCUUACAUAUAUGAAAUGCGUUCCAGCACUUUUUUACAUAAACUGGGAGGACACACAGACACUGUCAUCAAUGUGACUUUUAAUCCCUCAUCUCCACAGGUAAAAACUACUCCAAAGAAGUUAGGCCUUAGGCAAUGA